GCUCUCCUCCCGACCACAUCCUGCCUCCGUCCCUCGCCCUCCACCUGCGACACACUCUGUAUUAUUUAGCACUGCCGUUAAUCCAUAGCGAGUCUGUCGAAUGGCAUCAUCCGUGUUCUACAAGUUCAAGUCUCAGAGGGACGAGUCCAGGGUGACCUUCGAUGGCACCGGCAUCUCUGUGUUCGAUCUCAAAAGAGAGAUCAUCUUAGCCAACAACCUCGCGAAAGCGAACGAUUUUGACCUCGUCAUCUGCGACAACUCGUCAGGAGAAGAAUUCAAGGAUGAUUCACACGUCAUACCGCGUUCGUCUUCUGUUCUGGUAAAGCGAGUCUUUGUCCGUCCGGGCAAGGGUAAGGCCGCUAUUGGAGGUCCCAGCAGCUCCAACGCCUGGUCCAGAGCAGGUAACAUCUCGAGACGCUUCGACGGCAAGGUCGAAGAAAAGCCAGUCCAGGUUACUCCUAAAGCGCCUGCUCCGGCUAUCACCGUUAAAUCCGCCGUCACGAAAGAGGAAGAGGCGGCCGCCAUGGCGGCUAUGUUUCAAGCACAAACACAGAACUGGGAGGAGACCCAGGAAAAGAUGUCUCAUGCUGUUCGUAUCCAUAGUACCCCGCGCGGCGGCAUGGCGCGAGGAGGAAAGCCAUUUCAUCAUCACCAGCCUGACAGGCCGCUUCCCCCAAGUUAUGUUUGUUAUCGCUGCGGACAGAAAGGUCACUGGAUUCAAGACUGUCCGACCAACAACGACCGUGAAUAUGACAACAGGCCACGGAUCAAGCGCACGACUGGUAUCCUCGGAUCGCCCAAUGGCCAGAUCGGCCAAGGAGUCAUGGUCACUCCUGAAGGUGGUUACGUCGUAGCGCAGCCCGACGUUGUAUCAUGGCAGAAGCAGGUCGCCAAACACAAGCCUGGCUUUACGGAAGCGGAUAUUCGGGAGCGUACUCCGUCAGACCCUUCUCUUGUAUGUCCCAUAGACAACAAGCUUUUCCGCGAUGCUGUGAAGACGCCGUGCUGCGGUACGCUGUACUGCGAGGAGUGUAUCCAGACUUACCUGCUCGAGCGCGACUUCAUCUGCCCGAAGUGCAGCGCUAAGAUUGCAUCGCUCGACAAGCUCAUCAUGGACAAGCCGAUGCGCACGAAGGUCGCGGACUACGUCGAUAAGGAGAUCGAGAAGAGCCGACAUGAGCCUCAAGAAGACUCGAAGAGUAAUGGAACGCCGGAGCCCGCCAGCAAGGAGAAGUUUCAAAUACAAGACCAGUCGGACGGUGCCGCCUUCGACCAAGAGUACUACUCCGACCAGCAACCAGGCGGCGACAUGGACAUGUCCCACAUCUUUGCCGAGACGAUCCCCCAGCUGCAAGCGCAAAUCUCGCAAAUUCAGAUCAUGCUCAACAACCCGUCGCUUCCGCCACCGGUCCGGCAGCAGACGCAGAUGAAGCACCAGCAGCUGCAGAUGGAGCUCCAGCAGGCGCAGGUCGCAGCCGCGAUGGCGGCGACGCUUCAGGCGGCGAGCAGCUCUGCCGCGGCGAUGCCUUUCAAUGGCAUGCAGCCCGGGUAUCACCAGCAGGACUUUCGCCAGCAGUGGACCAACCCGUUCCCGAACCAACAGCCUGCGAGCCAGGACUCGGCGUACCAGCGGCUGCCGCUGAAUAACAGGCGGAGGAACCAUUUGAAGAGGGAGCGGCCAUCGGAUUUCUUGGAGGUGGCGGGCAACGAGCCCGAGGCAAAGAUGCCCAGGUACUGGGAGUGAAGUGGGAUGACUUGCGUAUGGGGAGGCAGGAGGGAGAUUGACGUUAGCAUCAGAGAGCGGCGGACAUUCAGACAUCAUGCACAACACAUCGCACAUAUUCGCAUGCACACCACGCCAUUUACAUGUACACUCCGCUUUGCAGCAUAAUAGAAAUGCAUCGUUCCGCAUCAACCA